UCUUUCUUAUUGUUCGGUGCACCGCCGCAGAACCAGUUAACUCUUAGGGCGUGCGAAAUAUCAUUUCUACCCACACCGCCGCCGCUUCUUUCUUCGCUCCGUCUAUAGCCGCUACUCUCCGGUUGCUUUUAGAUUAAUCAGGAAACAUGGUGCAAUAUAACUUUAAGAAGAUUACUGUGGUACCAAAUGGCAAGGACUUCAUUGACAUCAUCCUAUCUCGCACCCAACGGCAGACCCCGACCGUUGUCCACAAGGGCUAUUCCAUUUCCCGUCUUCGUCAGUUUUAUAUGCGCAAAGUGAAGUAUACCCAACAGAAUUUUCACGAAAAGCUCUCCACGAUUAUUGAUGAGUUCCCGAGGUUGGAUGAUAUUCAUCCUUUUUACGGUGAUCUUCUUCAUGUUCUGUACAACAAGGACCACUAUAAGCUUGCUCUUGGCCAAAUUAAUACUGCAAGAAACCUAAUUAGUAAGAUUGCCAAAGAUUAUGUCAAACUGUUGAAGUAUGGUGACUCGCUUUACAGAUGCAAGUGUCUGAAGGUUGCUGCUCUUGGCCGAAUGUGUACUGUGAUAAAAAGGGUUGGCCCUAGUUUUGCUUAUUUGGAACAAAUUAGGCAGCACAUGGCAAGGCUACCUUCUAUAGAUCCUAACACCCGCACAAUCUUGAUUUGCGGGUAUCCUAAUGUUGGAAAGAGCUCAUUUAUAAACAAGAUCACUAGGGCCGAUGUUGAUGUCCAACCCUAUGCUUUUACCACAAAGUCACUCUUUGUGGGUCACACAGACUAUAAAUACCUGAGGUACCAAGUGAUUGAUACACCAGGGAUUUUGGACCGUCCAUUUGAAGACCGCAACAUUAUUGAGAUGUGUAGUAUCACAGCUUUGGCACAUCUUAGAGCUGCUGUGAUGUUCUUCUUGGACGUCUCUGGGUCUUGUGGCUAUAGUAUUGCCCAACAGGCUGCUCUUUUCCACAGCAUCAAGUCUUUGUUUAUGAACAAACCACUGAUUAUCGUCUGCAACAAGACUGAUUUGCAGCCUUUGGAGGGUAUAUCAGAGGAAGACAUGAAGUUGGUUAUGGAGAUGAAAUCUGAGGCCAUGAAGACUGUGAUUGGUCAAGGAGGUGAGCCUACAGGUGAUGAAGGCGUGCUGCUUACCAUGAGCACUUUAACCGAGGACGGUGUAAUUGCUGUGAAGAAUGCUGCUUGCGAGAGGUUAUUGAAUCAGAGGGUUGAAUUGAAGAUGAAAUCCAAAAAACUAAAUGACUGCCUGAACAGGUUUCACGUUGCAAUGCCGAAACCACGUGACCAGAAGGAAAGGCCACCAUGCAUACCUCAGGGAGUUUUGGAAGCUAAGGCCAAGGAAGCAGCAGAGAAGGAAAAGAGAGAAACUGAAAGGGAUUUGGAGAAUGAGAAUGGUGGUGCUGGUGUGUACUCUGCUAGCUUAAAGAAGAAUUAUAUCUUAGCCAAUGAUGAAUGGAAGGAAGAUACAAUGCCAGAAAUUCUUGAUGGGCACAAUGUGUAUGACUUUAUCGAUCCUGAUAUCUUAGAAAGGCUUGAAGAGUUGGAACGAGAAGAAGGACUCCGACAGGAGGAGGCAGCUGAUGAUGAUUUUGAGAUGGAUGGGCAGGAAUUGACUCCAGAAGAGCAGAAGGCAUUGGCCGAGAUCAGGAAGAAGAAAAGCCUGCUCAUUCAACAGCAUAGGAUGAAGAAAAGCACUGCAGAAAGCAGGCCAACUGUACCUCGGAAGUUUGACAAAGACAGGGAGUUCACAACAGAGAGGAUGGGAAGGCAGCUAUCAGCUUUGGGGGUUGAUCCGAGUUUGGCAAUUCAAAGAGCUCGCGGCAGGUCUCUCUCCAGGAGAGGCGAAAAGAGGGGGAGAUCAUUUGAUAGAGACACUGAUGGUGAUGCUAUGGAUGUGGAUACGGAAGCACCUAACAAGAAGCUGCGUGCGAGGACUAGAUCCCUGUUGCUCGCAAGGUCUAGGUCAAGGUCAAGGCCGCCAACUGAAGUUGUUCCUGGUGAGGGCUUUAAGGACAUUACUCAAAAGAGCAGGGCAGUGAAAAUUGCGAAGAAGUCUAUUAAGAAGAGAAACAAAGAUGCUCGUCGUGGAGAGGCAGAUAGGGUUAUUCCUACUUUGAAACCAAAGCACUUGUAUUCCGGAAAACGCUCAACUGGAAAAACCGAUAGGCGUUAAAUUGUCUGAGUGGAGAGGUUUUGUACCUCGCGAGAGUGGAAACAGUACGAACACACAUCAUGCUUUCUGUGGAAGGAAAAUAACACUAUUUCAUUUACCGUUUGUUGGGAGAUUGCAGUUUUUGAGAUCCUGGGACAUGAUGUUAAUAUCCAUAAUGUUGGAUGUGUCAUUUUUUGGCGCGUGAUGAGUCUCAAGUUUUUUUUUUUAGUUAUUG